AUGGACCGGCAGGAUACUGCACCCGCGCAUCGAUCCAGUGAUAGUUCCGCCACGUAUGGCGCGGGAAUGGCGGAACCUCCCCACCUUUCCGCAAUCCACCCGCUCAGGCACUCAACCGACGGGGCGAUGGGCGGAGCGGGGGGUGGUGCGCGGCUCUCUCCGCCCAAAUCCGCGGCGUCAGGCGGAGCGGGAGCGGCGGAAGCAGACUCCCUGCGCGCGGAGUCAGUCGGGCGGGCGGAGAGACUUUCGGAGUCGGGUUCAGGCCCGCGGCCAGCGCCCGGAUGCCUGGGCUCAAGCCGCGACCACGAGGCAGCACAAGCACACGCGCGGUCAUCAUCACAACAAGCACCAGCAGCAGCCUCUGCUCCUGCCCCUCCUACCUCCACCUCCUCCUCCUCCUCCUCCUCCUCCUCUGCUGCUGCUGCUGCCACCGCCGCUCCGUCCUCCGCCUCCGCCUCCUCCUCUGCCUUCUCCUCCUCUUUUGCAGCAGCAGCUGCCCCCACGGCCCCUCCUAUACCUGCAGAGCAGCGAAUGGAUACCGCGAGUCACCUAGAUAUGGCUAGUCAAUCAGAUGCGAGCGGCUUACCCCGAGUCGCUUCCUUAGACCCCCCUGCUACUACUGCUGCUGCUGUUCCUGCUCCUGCUGCGGCGGCUGACCUUUCCGUUGCUGCUGGCAGGUACGCUGUGCAUGAGUUAGUGGAAGGGGGGGUGGACCCAAUUGAACUAGUCCUCGUGGUGUUAGGGGUGUUAGGGGGGGAGGGGGGAGCAGGGGUUGCUGGCAAGGACGGGGGAGGGUAG